AUGUUUGCGUUGGCCGGAAACAGUAGUCCAAAGAAGAAAGGCAAACAGGCGACUAAAGGUGACGCACAAAUUCUCAAAGAAAAUGUAGAGACAAUUGAAUUCUACAAGAAAAUUUUAAUGAUAGCGAAUGGCGUUUUUCUUGUUGUUCAUUUCAUCUUUUAUUUUAUUACUGGAUUUUCAAUAACUUCGUUGAUUCUCUUUGGUAUAUCGUCUGCUGCAGCAUGGUACGUUUGGUCAUUUAUGAAGCAAUGUGGAACAUCGAAAUCAGGUGGUAGUGUCACAGAUUUGAAUUUGAACGGCAGCAUCGCCGAAUAUGCAAAAGAUAUUAUACUUGCAAUCGUUAUUGCACAAUCUGCUAGUUUAAUCCAUCGAUAUCUCUGGUGGUUACUUUCAGCCAUUCCACUUUAUGCGAUCUAUAAAGGAUUCAUGUUGUAUUUCUUUCCGCCGUAUGCUCAACUACGUGGUGGUGAUCAGGACGAACAAGGUGACGGCAAAAAGGGUGGAAAAACCAAAAUCACUCGAGUCGCUCGACAUUAG